UUUCGAGAUUCGGAGUGUCGCGUGUGAUGAAGUAACAGGAAGAUGCAUAACAUCGAUCCCGUGGACUGUUGACUGUGCGUGGGUUCAUCAGUUCUGUAAAAAAGUGUUACUCGGAACAGAAACACGCAACUGUAUUCCACGAGGAUAAAUCCUAGCCUCAGUUGAUAUAUGCAUAGUUGUAAAAUGUAGUGACGCAUCGGUGAAAAUGCCGGUUGGGACUAAAAUGAAGUGAGUACGUAAAUCUUCAUGCAUAAAUCGGUUGGAUGGGCUAAUUUGAACAUUAUGUGCAAUGUUCUUGAGCUGGCUCUGUCUCGCUAAUUAUCUUGCAUCUGCUCUCGCCGAGUUCUACAUCCAGUUCCGACUUGAUAGGAACAAGUCUCUCGUCAGGAAAAUUCUUGGCAACGAUUACUAUGAUCAACCUGAAUGGCGAAUAUACCUUUGCCGGGAUUUUAAAGAUCGGGAUCACCCUGGAAACCAGCAGCCCCUAGUGUUCGCCAAUGAUAGCGACGUAGUUGUUAAAUGCAGUCGAUUCAGACUUGGCUGGCCAAAAUUCUUCCGUCGAGCGACUUUUUACACUAAAACGAAUUUCUACCAAACGCACCGGGCCUUGGACAGUGGUGGAGUUCAUUACGAGUUUUCGGACAUGCGGCGAGGUGAACUACCAGCGGAGCUUUGGUUUGGGUCAGAGCACGCGUUUCAAUAUCCUCAGUUUUACCGUACGUCAGAGAUGCUAGAAUUUUUCAGGGAAGUGUCGGAGGAUUGGCUGUCGAUUGUCCCGAAUUUGGCAAUGCAACAGAACCUGAUUGGCUACCUGUCUAUGCCGGAUCUUACCUGGGCUUACGGGAGUGCCAACGUCACUGCCGCCUACCUCAGGGCUUACGUCGCCUACUUAAGCGUCGUGGUUACUGAGUAUGAUGCCUACAUGUUCGUUCAAGAUCAGCCAAUGAAAAUACCGGAUGUGCCGUUGGGCUGGAGGGGACCGGCUUGGCUUGAUUGGAAAAUUAUGAAGCCUGCAAAAAAAGUUUACAACGCAAAUCGGAGGAAAGCAGACAAGAUGCAUGGGUUAUGGCUCUUGGAUCCGUUGCUUGAGUCGCAGCUGCGAAAAAUGAUCCCCGUCCUCAUGAGCAAGAUGAUCGACCCUUGCUUCCUGCAGGACGCCGCUAGCUACUUCCCGAACAAACUCGUGUUCAGGAACGAGGAGUUCCUUGGCCAGCCAGAGGACAUGCUCUGCUCCAUCUACUGUCGCUUCUCGAACGCAGUCACGAAACUGUACCGGGACUCAGGCUCCGAGGUCUGUUACUUAAUGGACGCCGGCAGCAAACGUUACGGUGGACAGUGUCGCGGGGACAGGUGCUACUGCCUCAGGAAUAUCGAGUCGAAGAAAAAGGACUACACACUCUCCGCUACGCUUCGAUACUGUGUCAACGUCUUCAACAUGCAGCAGUACAACGACACUCAUACUUGCCGCCCAGAGAUCUGAUACGAUGCACAGUGGAACGAACUAAUAGGAGAGGUCGGACAAAAUUUGGAAA